GCCCCUAACAGUGCUCAGCGUUGUUUAGGGACAUUAGGAAGAUGGCGGCUGCCCCGCUCUACUGUGUUUGCCGGCAGCCCUAUGAUUUUAACCUGUUUAUGAUCGAAUGUGACAUUUGUAAAGACUGGUUCCACGGCAGUUGUGUCCAGGUAGUGGAGCACCAUGCUGCUGAUAUCGAUGUUUAUCACUGUCCCAACUGUGAGCCCAUCCAUGGACCCUACAUGAUGAAAAAACGCAACAACUGGCACAGGCAUGACUACACUGAGCCAAUUGAUGGCACACGUCCCGUUCAGGCAGGAACUGCUGUGUUUGUACAGCAACUCCAGGCCAGGAGCUUUGCCAGUGGCCAUGAGAUUCUGGUGCCAAUGCAGGGGAGCCAGGUGACCCAGCGCUACCUGGAGAGGGAGAGCUUCCAUUACCCCAUAGUGGUCCAUGACCUGGAUGGACUGGGGCUUAAACUGCCCCCUCCCUCAUUCUCUGCCAGCGAUGUGGAGCAUUACGUGGGUGCAAAUAAAGUCAUUGACGUGAUUGAUGUCGCAAGGCAGGCAGACAGCAAGCUCAAGCUGGGAGAGUUUGUGAAGUAUUACUACCAGCCAGAACGACCAAAAGUGUUGAAUCUCAUCAGCCUGGAGUUCUCUGAUACAAGGAUGGGCGAUUUGGUGGAGGUUCCUGAAAUUGUGCAGAAGAUGUCCUGGGUGGAGAACUACUGGCCUGAGGACUCGUUCUUCCCCAAACCAUUUGUGCAGAAAUAUUGCCUCAUAGGGAUGAAAAACAGUUACACGGACUUCCACAUCGAUUUUGGAGGAACUUCAGUGUGGUAUCAUGUUCUCUGGGGAGAAAAGAUUUUCUACUUGAUCAAGCCGACUAAGGCUAACCUUGCACUAUAUGAGUCCUGGAGCUCAUCACCCAAUCAGAGCGAAGUAUUCUUCGGGGAUAAAGUCGACAAGUGUUACAAAUGUGUGGUGAAGCAGGGCACUACCAUCUUCCUCCCCCCUGGUUGGAUCCAUGCGGUGCUCACUUCACAGGACUCCAUGGCCUUUGGUGGGAACUUCUUGCAUAACUUAAACAUAGGCAUGCAGCUCAGGUGUUAUGAGAUGGAACGCAGACUGAAGACUCCAGAUCUCUUUAAGUUCCCAUACUUUGAGGCCAUCUGCUGGUAUGUGGCCAAAAACCUUCUGGAGACCCUUAAAGAGCUGCGGGAGGAUAAAUGUCAACCUCAGGGUUAUCUAGUGGACGGAGUGAAAGCUUUAAUCUCAUCACUGAAGACAUGGCUGAGGCGGGAGUUGACUCAACCCAACAGUGAGGUUCCAGAUCAUAUCAGGCCAAGCCGACUCAUUAAAGCUCUGACCCAGGAGAUCCGUUACCUGGAGGGUGAAACAAAUAAAGCUGGAAAAUCUCAGGGAAGUGCUGAGUGCUCUUUAUCACGCUCAUCACUUGAGAAGGGAUAUCAGGCACAACGGGCCGCUCGGUGGAUACGAGACCACCGUCAUCAACACCACCUUCAUCAUCAUCAUCAUCACAGCCGUAAGCUGCCCUCUAACUUAGAUGUCCUGGAGCUUCACACGCUGGAGGUUUUAAAGAGACUGGAGGUCGGGCCUCCUGAGGUGGACCCAGCCUUCAGCUCCAAAGUGAACGGCAAGUUCAAGAAAGUGUCUGCAGUAGCUGUUGAGGGCACUCAUGACAACGCCCUGCGCCUGGUGCUAUGUAAUGGCAAAAUUAUGCGGGAGAGGUUUCCUGUCAGUAAUGUGGCAGCCAAAGUCACUGCAGUGGAAAUGUUGCAGUACCAUCAACACGGGAUCAAACUGGAAAGAAUGUCGAUGUGCCAACAAGAAAAAGGGACAAAAGAAAAGCGUGAGGAUGAAUUAAGAUUACACUGCACUAUCAAGAAACCAGUCAAUCACAGUCUAGCUGUGCAGACAGAGCUCAGGACAGAGUCGCCACAUGUAACGUCUUCAGACAGUGACUCGGAGUCCGAAGCUGAAGAUUCGGCUGAGAAACGCUCCGAGUCAGAGAGUUCUGAGGAAGAGGAUGGAGGAAGCACGAGAGACUCAGGGAGUUUUGUGGAGCAUCUGAGCGGCCGGCAGCACGGCCACCGUAAGCAAGCGCUAAAACGAGAACGUCCUACCUCACCGAGCACGGAUGAUGCCAUUCAGGGCAUGCUGUCUAUGGCGGGGCUGCUGUGUCAGCGGGCGUCAGCAGGGGGCGAUAUGUUACAGCAGCAGCAGCACUGGUGGUCCAGUCAGGGGAACAGUAACAGCAGCAGCAGCAGUGACGCGUGGGACAGCAGUGAACCCUGCUCCGCAGCCCGCAGCCCCGAGGGAGAGGACGGGAGUCUCGGAGAGGAAGAUUCAUAUAGAGAGAGCUCACUUUCUCCUCCCCUCCACCCCUCCAAAAGACACGCCCCCAACCCCACACCCAUCAGCAACCAGGCCACUAAAGGAAAGCGUCCUAAGAAAGGACAGGCGAUGGCUAAACAGAGGUUUGGGAAGAUGUUCAAAAUGAGCCACCAUAAAGGCUUAUUCCUGUAGCAUGACGGAGGAAAGAAUCAACACCGCUGCUUUUCUUUAUACGCUGGGAUUAUUAUCACACACAGUUCUCUUACUCACUGUGCACGUUUAGGUGACAGACAGGGUAUGUUUAACAGCUCACUUUCAUUUCACCAAUCACACAUAAUACGACACAUUAUCCAUCAGCACAGGGAAACUGCUUUACUUUGGACAGCAUUUCAACAUGAACAGUUUCAAGAGGAAGCACAGAAACGGAUAGUCGGAGGUCCAGGAGCUCUUCUCCUCUCCCCCACCCUACCUCUUAUCACAUCUGUAGCAUGAGUGUCCGGGCCCUCUACAGCCCUGACACUGGUCUUCGGAUUCCCCUCAAGUCAUUCUCAAUCUGCCUAUUUCUCUCUCCUUUGAUCGUCUCAGGCUGAUGUAUGAGCUUUUGAAAUGGUGCUGAACAUUUAGAAGUCCUUCUCCAGUCCCCUCUGCCCCUUUAAGCAAUAAUUGUACAGCAUUGAGUGUUGAAUUGAUGAUUUAGUGGGCCGCACUUUUAGGAUGCGCAGGAAGUCCUCUCAAAAUGGAAAGUAUUGUACAACCAUCAAAAGAAAUCAAAAAAGUGGCAAAGAUAUAACAUGAUUCGACUGUUUAUACUACAUU